GGUGAAUGAAGUAGAAGAGCUGUGCAAAGGCAGUCUUGAGUCUGUUUAUUCAUUAUAUCCAACUCUUUGCAGACUACAACUAAUUGGAGAGUUGGAAAACAUAGGUCUGCUGUUCUCCAGAUCUGUUACCACUCAACAACUGAAUGAGAUUUAUUUGAAAUGGCAGAGACAGUCCCAGCUUCUCAAGGACAGUGACUUCCGUUUCCAGGAACCUAUCAUGGCUCUGCGCACUGUAAUUUUGGAGAUCUUGCUUGAAAAGGAGAAUGACAAUACCAAAAGAGAAUGUAUUAAAGACAUCCUGACCAAACAUCUAGUGGAGCUCUCUAGAUUGGCAAGAAUUGCUAAAAAUACACAGCUUCCAGAAAGAGCUAUGUUUCAGAUCAAACAAUACAAUCCAACGGGAUAUGGAGUUUCUGAAUGGCAGCUAGAAGAAGCUCAGGUUUUCUGGGCUAAAAAGGAAGAGAGUCUUGCACUGAAUAUUCUUAAAAGGAUGAUAAAAAAAUUAGAUGCAGAUUGGUUUCAGGUUGAGAAUGAUCCUCAUCUGAAAUUGAUGUAUACAGAGUGUCUGCGGCUGUGCGGAACCUGGUUAGCAGAAACAUGCUUGGAAAACCCUACAGUCAUCAUGCAGAAAUACUUAGAAAAGGCUGUGGAAAUUGCUGCAAGCCACAGUGGAGACAGCAGUGAUGAGCUGAAGAAAGGAAAGAUGAAGGCUUUCCUGUCUUUGGCUCGUUUCUCAGAUAAUCAGUACCAGCGAAUUGAGAAUUACAUGAAAUCCUCAGAGUUUGAAAAUAAGCAGGCAUUACUGAAGAAGGCCAAGGAGGAGGUUGGCCUCCUAAGGGAGCGCAGAGUUCAGACAAAUAGGUAUACAGUGAAGGUUCAGCGAGAACUUGAACUGGAUGAAUGUGCCAUACAUGACCUAACUGAGGAUCGUAAACGUUUCUUGUGUAAAGCAGUGGAGAACUACAUCAGCUGUUUACUAAGUGGAGAAGAACAUGAUAUGUGGAUCUUCCGACUCUGUUCCCUGUGGCUUGAAAAUUCUGGAGUUGAUAGAGUCAAUGAAAUGAUGAAGAAAAAUGCAGAGAAGAUCCCUUCAUACAAGUUUUUGCCUCUGAUGUACCAGCUGGCUGCUCGGAUGGGAACCAAGAUGAUGGGUGGUUUAGGAUUUCAUGAAGUUCUGAAUAAUCUAAUGUCUAGAAUUUCACUGGAUCAUCCACAUCAUUCUUUGUUUGUAAUAUUAGCUUUGGCAAAUGCUGACAAAGAUGAACUUCUCAGAAAUGCAUCACCAGAUGCAAUAAGAAGAAAUAAGUUAAUUAAAAAUGCACCGAAAGAAAUCUCCCAGCUUGAUGUGGACAGAAUGGAGGCUGCUAGCAAUAUAAUCAAUAUUGUAAGACAAAGGAGAGCUCAUAUGGUUAGAGGCGUUGAAGCACUUUGUGAUGCUUAUAUCACAUUAGCAAAUGUAGAUGCUACUGCAUGGAAAUCUCAAAGAA